AUGGAUAUACAUCAUACACAUCCAUUUGUGGAGAUGAAUACAGAUAUCCCAGGAACUGCAAUUAUGGACGUUAAAGCAAAUGAACUGGUUGUCCCUUGCCGCGUUAGUGCACCAGAAUUCAAAGUCACCUUACAGUAUGGUGCAACAAUGGCUCUGAUUUUGCAGAACAUUCUGAGUUCCUUAAAGGGGAAGGACAACCGUAACUACACCCGUUGGGACAGUCCAUCUUUAAUUGAAACCCCAUACAUCGUUGUACAGAGCAGGAAGAUCAGAGCAGCUGACAUAUUUGCUCUUGUGGAUAUGUAUCUUAGUAAAUCUAAUGUCAUUCAGUCUGGAAUGGAAUGGGAUCCAAAGAUUGGAUUUACAAUCUCAUCACCUCAUUACAAUCUUCAUGAGCUUUUGCAAUGCACCACUACAGUCAAAGGGAAGCACUUCCGAUCUCUGUUCUGGAAACAAAACAUAGAGUUUGCAGCAACAACAAUAGUCAGUGUGACGGCAGAGAGCUCCACCCUGUUGGUAGGAAACACACUCAGCCUGCGUUGUGCCGGGGAGGUCCCCUUUAAUUCCAGGGUGAUUUUGGAAUGGGUGCACAACGGAAAGGUAUUAGAUUCCAAGAAGUCCUUAUAUCUAACUGAGAAUGGAUACAGAGGAGAGAGACACCUGGGUUUAGAAAAUGUAACACUGGCACAAGCUGGAAUAUAUAUCUGCAGGGAUUCCAACUAUCCUGAUGUGGCUUUAAACAUUUCAGUAACUAUAUAUGACAAGCCUUUCUUGCAUAUUCGCCCUCCAAGGACACAUGUGUAUGAAGUAGAAGAAGGUCUAAAAGAAUUGAAAUUAAUGGUUAAAGUCAAAGCUUUUCCAUUGCCACAAAGCAUUUGGUUGAAAGAUGGCAAACUAAUAGAAAUGAACAGUACCUGUUAUAAGGCGAACACAGAAAAACACAGUUUACUUAUAAAGAACUUAGGAGAAAAUCACUCUGGGACUUACACUAUACAUGUAGUUAAUACUCAACAUAAUCUGAGUGACAGCUUCAGUUUCCAAGUGAAUGUCCUUGUUAAACCGUCCAUCUAUGAAAAAGAGACAGACUUUGACAGAAUGGAGUCUGUGCUGCUUGGAGAAGAUCAUCGAUUCCAGUGUACAGCCUACGGAAGACCUCCUCCUACAUUUACCUGGAUGUGGCAGCCAUGCAAUACUGCAGCUACAGAGUGUGACGUGGAUCCGAGCAUGACACGGAUACCCCUUUUAGAAAGUAAAAUGGACACAUACACUCCAUCUGUUGAAGUAGUUACCAUGCCCUCUGAAGACAAAAACAAAGUUGUAAGCACCCUGACAACUUCUUCUAACAACAAUGAGUCUGGUAUCUUUUUCUGUGUGGCUAACAAUAAGGUUGGAAUGGAUGAAAGAAGCAUGCACUACAUCCUUUCAGAGGUGAAGACAGGAGUGAUGACAGAAGAAGAGGACACUGUUCUAGAAGGGAGCGAUGUUACACUUAUUUGCAAAGCAGAGAAAUAUCUUUUUACAAACCUCGUAUGGUUGUAUCCUUCCGAAGAAGCAGUGCCUUCCACCAGCACCAAAACCCGUCACAGAGAACACACCACCAUAGUCUCAUUUACUAUUAAAAAUGUGACAAAGGAACAGGCUGGAUUAUAUAACUGUUCGGCUGAGAAUCGAUACAGCAAGGAGGUGUUGCAUCGCACAGCUCAACUCAUAGUCCAAGAAAAGCAGGCUCCGUGGGUAGUACAGCACCUUCAAAAUGUAACAGUAAACAGCAGCAGCACAUUGAUCCUGGAGUGUAGAGUUGAUGGAAAUCCCCUGCCCACAAUAACCUGGUUAAAGAAUGGAUAUGAGAUUCAACCUGCCUCAGGAAUUACUUUGCUUUAUAAUGAUAACCUGAUCAUUGAGAGGGUAAAGAAGGAUGAUGAGGGAAUGUAUACAUGCCGAGCUGUUAAUGAAAUGGGUCAUGCCAACAAUUCUGCUUAUGUUACUGUUCGAGGUGGAGAGGAGAAGUCCAACAUAGAAGUCAUCAUCCUUGUAUGCACAGGAGUGGCAGCAACCUUGUUCUGGCUCCUUCUGACUCUUUUCAUACGGAAGCUGAAAAAGCCACAUGCAUCUGAAAUUAAAACAGGCUACCUGUCCAUCAUAAUGGAUCCAGAUGAAAUGCCACUAAAUGAGCAAUGUGAAAGACUGCCCUAUGACAGCAGCAAGUGGGAAUUUCCUCGUGACAGGCUCAGCCUAGGUAAAACGCUGGGCCAUGGCGCUUUCGGGAAGGUGGUGGAAGCCUCUGCUUUUGGCAUUGAUAAAUGUUCAACAUGCAAAACUGUUGCUGUUAAGAUGCUUAAAGAGUGUGCAACAAACAACGAAUGCAAGGCUUUAAUGUCCGAGCUGAAGAUCCUUAUCCAUAUUGGGCAUCAUUUAAAUGUUGUGAAUUUACUGGGAGCUUGCACCAAGCCUGGAGGGCCUCUUAUGAUCAUUGUGGAAUAUUGCAAGUAUGGAAAUCUGUCAAAUUAUUUAAGAAGCAAAAGAGGAGACUUCAUAGCUUACAAGUCCCAGGAAAUGGAAAAAACAGCUGAUGACUCCAGCAGUGACCUCUCUGAGCUAAUCAAGAGAAGGUUGGAAAGUGUUGCCAGUACGGGCAGUUCAGCCAGCUCAGGAUUCAUAGAAGACAAAAGCUACAGUGAUUCUGAGGAGGAGGAAGAAGACCCUGAAGAUAUGAGCAAGAAGCAGCUAACAAUGGAAGAUCUGAUUUGUUACAGCUUUCAGGUGGCAAAGGGCAUGGAGUUCCUGGCAUCGAGAAAAUGUAUUCAUCGAGAUUUGGCAGCAAGGAACAUCCUCCUGUCGGAAAAUAACGUGGUAAAAAUCUGUGACUUUGGUCUGGCCCGUGACAUUUACAAAGAUCCAGACUACGUGCGCAAAGGAGAUGCUAGGUUACCUCUUAAAUGGAUGGCACCUGAAGCUAUUUUUGAUAAAAUCUACACAACGCAGAGUGAUGUGUGGUCUUUUGGCGUGCUGCUGUGGGAAAUUUUUUCAUUAGGUGCUUCUCCUUACCCUGGUGUACAGAUUGAUGAGGACUUCUGCUGCCGACUAAAGGAAGGGACCCGGAUGAGACCGCCAGAGUACUGCACUCCUGAAAUGUACCAGACGAUGCUAGAUUGCUGGCAAGGAGUCCCAACAGACAGACCCACGUUUACAGAACUAGUGCAGCGCUUGGGAGAUCUCCUUCAGGCCAAUGUUCAACAGGAGGGAAAAGACUACAUUCCAUUAAACACUGCUCUACGAGUUGAUGGAGAGACAAACAUAAAACCUGGCAGUGGAGAACAAAGCAUAAGAAACUCUGUGACACGUUGGAGCAUGCUGGAAUCUGGAAACAAUAACAAGAAUCGACCACUGAGUGUGAAGACAUUUGACGAGGUGCCAGUGGGAAAGGACAAAGGACUCAACGAGGAAGGGGAAUCUGACAGUGGGAUGGUACUGUCCUCCGUGGAAAUGAAAAAUCUGAAACGACAAGAGACACGAUCAUGGCCAUUUGGAAUAAUUGCUCAUGCAAUGAAAGCAGUAAGCAAAAGCAAGGAGUCUGUGCUUGGGGAGAAUGAAAGAAACCUUGUGAAGUACCAGCUAUCUAGCCAGAUUGAAGAAUACCCUCCAGACCUCACACUUGAAGAGCUUGUCCUUAUGCCAAUGGAUAUGAACCUAGAGUGUCACAGCCCACCACCAGAUUAUAACUCAGUCAUUCAUUAUUCAUCUCCUCCAGUGUAGCGAAUGGGGCAAUCCAGUUAUUGCUGGAUCAGCUAACAGCUUCUCUUCUAAUACAGCCAAAUGUAAAAGACACUUUACAGAUCUAUGACUGCCUUAGUGUCAAGAAAUGGAUACCAGGUAUUGCUCUAUUUGGUGUGACUGAAAGAAAAGUACAAACAUUUGUUCUGUAUUUCUUUUUUUUAAAAAAAAGCUUAUUUCACAGAGAUAUCAGCACCGAAAUGGACAUAUGUUAAUUUAUAAAAGCACAAUAUUUAAGAAUGAACGCUGUUACUAACAUGAAGAUUUAUAUGUGUCUAAUUGGAAUUUGAUAUAUUUACGCUUUACUACAGCAUUUUGUUAUAGUUCACUUGAGUAUCAAGGCUAAAGAAGUGAGCAGGAUAUUCUCUAUCAGUACACCAAAUACAAACUACUAUGGUAGAUUUCCAGGGUAAAUCAGUGACAGUAAUGUGUGCAUUUACCAUUGGAUAGGAACAUGUGAAUUUAAUGACUUCAUAAGAAUUUUUACCAAAGAUUCUUAUUUCAUGUUUUAUAGCAUGAUAGGAAUGGC